AUGCCUGGUGAUAUUAUCAUUGGAGCUCUAUUCUCUGUCCAUCAUCAACCAACUGUCGACAAAGUUCAUGAGAGGAAAUGUGGAGAGGUAAGAGAGCAGUAUGGUAUUCAGAGAGUGGAGGCAAUGCUUCAUACCCUUGACAGAAUUAAUCUGGACCCCACACUGUUGCCAAAUAUAACGUUAGGAUGUGAAAUAAGGGACUCCUGCUGGCAUUCUGCUGUGGCUCUGGAGCAGAGCAUUGAGUUUAUAAGGGACUCUCUUAUUUCAUCGGAAGAAGAGGAAGGGAUGGUGAAAUGUGUGGAUGGAUCAUCAUCGUCUUUCCGCUCCAAGAAACCCAUUGUUGGUGUCAUCGGGCCCGGCUCUAGCUCUGUUGCUAUCCAGGUCCAGAACUUGUUGCAGCUCUUCAAUAUACCUCAGAUUGCUUAUUCUGCCACGAGCAUGGACCUAAGCGACAAAACUCUGUUCAAGUAUUUCAUGAGAGUGGUGCCAUCUGAUGCACAGCAAGCAAAGGCGAUGGUGGACAUUGUCAAACGCUAUAACUGGACCUAUGUUUCUGCUGUACACACCGAAGGAAACUAUGGCGAAAGUGGGAUGGAAGCUUUCAAAGACAUGGCAGCCAAGGAAGGGAUCUGCAUUGCACACUCCUACAAGAUCUACAGCAACGCUGGYGARCAGAGCUUCGACAAACUGCUGAGAAAGCUUCGGAGCCACCUGCCCAAGGCAAGAGUGGUGGCCUGCUUCUGCGAGGGCAUGACUGUGAGAGGACUCCUGAUGGCCAUGAGGCGCCUGGGWCUGGCUGGAGAGUUUCUGCUGCUGGGCAGUGAUGGCUGGGCAGACAGGUAUGAYGUGACAGAAGGGUACCAGAACGAAGCUGUUGGGGGAAUAACAAUCAAGCUGCAGUCUCCAGAUGUGAAAUGGUUUGAUGAUUACUACCUACAGCUUCGGCCAGAAACCAACCAUCGAAAUCCAUGGUUUCAGGAAUUUUGGCAGCACAGGUUCCAGUGCCGGUUGGUAGGGUUUCCUCAGGAGAACCCUAAAUACAACAAGACUUGCACAAGUGAAAUGACCCUGAGGACGCAGCACGUUCAGGACUCCAAGAUGGGCUUUGUAAUCAACGCCAUUUACUCSAUGGCCUACGGGCUCCACAACAUGCAGCUGUCGCUGUGCCCAGGCUACGUGGGACUGUGUGAUGCCAUGAAGCCCAUAGAUGGUCGGAAACUCCUGGAAUCCCUCAUGAAGACCAACUUUACUGGGGUCUCUGGGGACAUGAUCUUGUUUGAUGAGAACGGUGAUUCUCCAGGAAGAUAUGAAAUCAUGAAUUUUAAACAAAUGGGGAAGGACUAUUUUGAUUAUAUCAAUGUUGGCAGCUGGGAYAAUGGUGAGCUGAAAAUGGAUGAUGAUGAAAUAUGGUCAGAGAAAACAAAUAUCAUCAGAUCUGUGUGCAGYGAACCCUGUGAAAAAGGCCAGAUAAAGGUGAUCCGGAAAGGAGAAGUGAGUUGCUGUUGGACCUGCACUCCUUGYAAGGAGAACGAAUACGUAUCUGAUGAAUAUACAUGCAAAGCCUGCCAGCUCGGCUCCUGGCCCAAUGAGGAACUCACAGGUUGUGACCUCAUCCCAGUCCAGUAUCUCAGAUGGGGUGAUCCYGAACCAAUUGCAGCCGUUGUUUUUGCAUGCCUGGGUCUGCUGGCCACGCUGUUUGUUACAGUCGUAUUCAUAAUGUACCGCGAUACUCCGGUGGUCAAAUCAUCCAGYCGAGAACUCUGCUACAUCAUCCUGGCCGGCAUCUGCUUGGGUUACCUGUGCACUUUCUGUCUGAUUGCAAAACCUCAACAGAUUUACUGCUACCUGCAGCGAAUUGGCAUUGGCCUCUCGCCGGCUAUGAGUUACUCUGCUCUGGUAACCAAAACCAACCGCAUCGCAAGAAUCCUGGCUGGAAGCAAGAAGAAAAUUUGUACCAAGAAACCGAGGUUCAUGAGUGCCUGYGCCCAGCUGGUGAUUGCAUUUAUCUUGAUAUGUAUACAAUUAGGCAUCAUARUCGCCCUCUUCAUAAUGGAGCCACCAGAUAUAAUGCAUGAUUACCCAAGCAUCCGAGAGGUCUACCUGAUUUGUAACACCACCAACUUGGGCGUCGUAACUCCCCUUGGAUACAACGGAUUAUUAAUUCUGAGCUGCACCUUCUAUGCGUUUAAGACAAGAAAUGUCCCGGCUAAUUUCAACGAAGCAAAAUAUAUUGCCUUCACGAUGUACACCACCUGCAUCAUUUGGCUGGCUUUUGUGCCAAUAUAUUUUGGGAGCAAUUACAAGAUAAUCACCAUGUGUUUCUCCGUGAGUCUGAGCGCCACAGUGGCCCUCGGCUGCAUGUUUGUGCCCAAGGUGUACAUCAUUCUCGCUAAGCCGGAGAGAAACGUGCGCAGUGCGUUCACCACGUCGACGGUAGUCCGCAUGCACGUGGGGGAUGGAAAGUCAUCUUCUGCYGCCAGCCGCUCCAGCAGCCUGGUGAACCUGUGGAAAAGGAGGGGAUCAUCCGGUGAAACGCUUAGGUAA